CACCCUUGCACCCGCCCCCUCCAUUUUCCUGAUGAGUACCGCACCUUGAAGACCGUGUGAAAGAUCAUUUCGAGUUGACGCGACUAGGCCUGACCGAGCCUCAAUAAAUAUGAGGCUCCUAGUUGCCUGUGCUCUAUUGGCACUACUGCAGCUCAGCGCUGCAGUGCGCCUGCCCGCGGCGAUAGAGCAGGCUGUGGGGAGGCAGCUCCUGAGCGAGAAGGACCAUAGCUACCAGCCUGAUGACAAGGUGCCGCUGUGGGCUAGCAAGGUUGGACCCUUCACCAACCCCAGCGAGACAUACGAGUAUUACAGCCUUCCUUACUGCCAGCCUAAGGAUGGCGUGAAGCACAAGCUGCUGGGCAUGGGCGAGGUGGUCGACGCAAACCGCAUGGCCAGCACCCCCUACCAGCUGCAGUUCCGCAAGAACCGCCAGCGCGAGGCGGUCUGCGAGCAGCUUCUGGAUCAGGAGAAGCUUGCAAAAUUCCGCAAGGCGGUCGAGGAGGACUGGUACUUUCAAAUGUACUAUGACGACCUGCCUGUGUGGGGUUUCAUCGGCAAGAUGGAGAAGCUGUUCAAGCCGGGCGGUGUUACCGAGUACAAGUAUUACCUCUUCACUCACAUCGACUUUGACAUCAAGUACAACGACGACAGCGUGAUUGAGAUUAAUGUCUCCACAGACCCCCAGGAGGCCGUGGAUAUCUCGGAGGAGAUUACGGACAUCGUGAAGGCGAAGUUCACGUACUCGGUGAAGUGGACCCCCACGCUAACCAAGUUUGAGCACCGCCUGGAUCGCUACGAGCGCUUUCCCCUCAACCCCGUGCACCUGGAGAUUCACUGGUUCUCCAUCAUCAACUCGUGCGUUACCGUGCUGCUGCUGACGGGUUUCCUGGCGACUAUCCUGAUGCGCGUGCUGAAGGCGGACUUCAUUAAGUACAACAAGGACGAUCCGGCCAUGGAAGAGGAGGAGUCGGGCUGGAAGUACGUGCACGGCGACGUGUUCCGCUUCCCUCCCUACAAGAACCUGUUCUGUGCCUUUGUUGGCACGGGCACCCAGCUCUUCUAUCUGGCGCUGUUUGUGUUCGUGCUGGCGCUGGUGGGCGUGUUCUACCCGUACAACCGCGGCGCUCUGUACUCGGCCCUCAUUGCGCUUUACGCGCUCACGGCCGGUAUUGCCGGCUUCGUGGCGUCGUCCUACUACAAGCAAAUGGAGGGCGAGCUGUGGGUUCGCAACAUCCUGCUCACUUGCUUCGUGUACUGCGGCCCCUUCCUGCUCAUGUUCUCCUUCCUGAACACCGUGGCCAUCGUGUACCGGUCCACCGCGGCGCUGCCUUUCGGCACCAUCGUCAUCAUGAUCCUCAUCUGGACUCUGGUGACCAUCCCGCUGACCGUGUUCGGUGGCAUUGCCGGCAAGAACAACCGCGCUGAGUUCUUCGCGCCCUGCCGCACCAACAAGUACCCCCGCGAGAUCCCGCAGCUGCCCUGGUACCGCACCACGGUGCCGCAGAUGGUCAUGGCCGGCUUCCUGCCCUUCUCCGCCAUCUACGUGGAGCUCUACUACAUCUUCGCCAGCGUGUGGGGCCACAAGGUGUACAUCAUCUGGUCCAUCCUGGCCAUUGUGUACAUCAUCCUCAUCGUCGUCACUGCCUUCAUCACCAUUGCGCUGACCUACUUCCAGCUGGCGGUGGAGGACCACCAGUGGUGGUGGCGCUCGUUCCUGUGCGGCGGCUCCACGGGCAUCUUCGUGUACGGCUACUGCUUCUACUACUACUACGCCCGCUCGGACAUGAGCGGCUUCAUGCAGACGACGUUCUUCUUUGGCUAUAUGGCCAUGGUCUGCUUCGGCUUCUUCCUGAUGCUGGGCACUGUGGGCUGGCGCGCGUCGCUGAUGUUCGUGCGCCACAUCUACCGCGCCAUCAAGUGCGAGUAAAGCGGCGCAGCUCUUGGGCGCCGAGAAAGCUUGGGCACGGACGCGCGAUGGAGCAGGAGGAAUGGGGAUGAGGGAAUAGAUAGACUGGCACUGUGAACUCAGUGCUGGAGGGCAUGUGACGUCCAAGCGGUGCGAGGUGCGGUGUAGCAUGUUCGUGUCCAACUGUGUGUGGCGCCUCAGUCACGCCGAGUGCAUGGGAUGCGCGUGUGAUUUGAGACGGCAUGAGCAAUCGGCUUGACAAGGUAGAUUGGGACACUGACGUUGCGAGGCCUUCAACGCCCGGACGCCCACGAGCAUUGGUGCAUGGGCAGAAGCAAGCAAUCGAUACGGACAAUGACGAGGGUAAGAUGUUAGAGGCCUCGGGAGGUAUGGGCUAGGGUUAGAUGGUCAUCUGAACUUAUCGGCAAGUUGGCCUGCUCGAUGAACUGGGAGGCAAGGUGGGACGGGCAAACUGAAUAUGCUAUCAAGUAUGUGUAAAGAUAGAGUCGG